AUGCUUUUGUCUCAUGGGACAUGGAAAUUCUUUGCCGUCAUCGCCUUCUUUGCGCCUGGCUCAUCAGCAGAAUGCUGGAGAACGACUACCUGCGAUGGACCAGACUCGGCAGCAUUUCCGGGAGAUUGGGACAAGUACAAUUAUGCCCCCAGCUCUCGCAAUGUAACGCCCAAGUUCAUUCUUUCCCUUCCUUCCGGCGAAAAGAUAUCAGAUUUCAAUUCCUCAGUUGUGCUUUCACCGGACGGUGAAGCAUUGGUGUUCGACUUUGGCAUUGAAGUCGGCGGCAUAGUCACUGUUGACUACGAGCUCUCUGGUUAUAGUAACGCUACUCUGGGACUCGCCUUCACGGAGGCCAAGGACUACAUCGGUCAAAAAUCAGACAACUCCAACGGCGGAACUGGCCAGGACAGUGCCCUUACAUACAACAUCACAUCCGAAGGUCCUGGGACCUACGUUAUGCCCGACGCCAAAUUGCGCGGCGGCUUUCGAUACCUCACGGUAUUUCUCACAAAUAUUCAGUCGAACGCAGCGUUGGAGAUCCGUAACAUAACUCUUGAGAUCAGCUUUCAGCCAACCUGGUCGGAUCUUCGGGCAUACCAGGGGUAUUUUCACUCCAGUGAGGAGCUUCUGAACAAAAUUUGGUACAGCGGCGCGUACACACUGCAGACAAAUUCUGUCCCCGGUAAGACUGGACGUGUCGGCACAAGUACCUUGAAGUCCGGGUGGCAGAAUGACGCAUAUAUCGGCCCAGGAAACACUGUCCUUCUCGAUGGAGCAAAGAGGGAUCGCUGGGUUUGGAUUGGAGACAUGGGUACAGCAGUGCCGAGUGCGUUUGUGAGCACUGGCGAUAUGGAGAGUACCAAGAACGCAUUGCAGGUAAUCUACGACAAUCAAGGAUCAGAUGGUACGUUACCAAAAGCUGGACCUCCUUAUCCCUCAAAGGACAGCGAUACUUAUCAUCUGUGGGCGCUCGUUGGCACGUACAACUACUUCUUGUAUACCGGAGACGAAGAGUUCAUGGUUUCCAUUUGGGCCAAGUAUCUGAAAGCUAUUGCCAACAGCAGGGCAAAGGUCAACUCCAGAGAUAUCAUGGCUGUUCUCGGAGAGAAGGACUGGGGACGUUGGACAUACUCGAAUGAGCGAAGCUCGGCAAGUAUGCUCUUGUACCGUGCACUCAAGACUGGUGCCGACAUCGCGUCGUGGGCACCCGAGCUCACCAAUGCGUCCACUUACAAACAAGAAUGGCUGGAUGCUGCAGCUACGCUUCAGCGUUCCGUCAUGGCAAACCUGUGGGAUAGUGGCAAAGGUGCUUUCAAGGAAAGCCCCAACGACACAUCACUAUACCCUCAAGAUGCUAACAGCAUGGCUGUGGCCUUUGGCGUGGUGUCAGCUAACAGCACCGAGGCACAGCAAAUAUCGGACUAUCUCGAGUCGAAUUGGACGCCUAUUGGGCCUCGCUGCCCCGAGCUCGCAAACAACAUCUCUCCAUUCAUCUCUAGCAUUGAGCUUUCAACUCAUUUCCGCGCCGGGCGAGCUGACCGAGCUCUGAAUCUGAUCAGGGAUGCAUGGGGGUGGUACCUGAACCAUCCCAACGGCACUCAAUCCACCGUCCCGGAGGGAUAUCUAGUGAACGGUACAUGGGGCUAUCGGGGAGAUCGAGGUUAUAGGAAUGAUCCUACGUACAUGUCUCACGCCCAUGGAUGGAGCAGUGGACCAACCUCAACCAUGACUGAGUAUCUCGUCGGCUUGAGAGUCAUCAAGCCUGGGGGCAGCGAAUGGCAGUUGAAGCCCGUGCUGAGCGAGAUUUCCGAGGCAGAGGCUGGAUUUACUACUAGCUUGGGGAAGUUUUCCGCGAAGUUCACGGCGGGCGACAAUGGUACAGCAGUCGUAGAAUGGAGCACGCCGGCGAACACGAAGGGUAAUUUGGUGUUACCAGGGAAAGAGUUGCUUAGGGUCAAAGGUGGAGCGGGUUCUACUACCAUCAGUAUUUGA